AUGCGGCCAACGGUCUUGCAAGAGGAGUCUGAUGUAUUGCAUCACAUUGCUGAGGCAAGCAAAGCAAUUCGUCAUAAUUAUCAACCAUUAAAGAUGGGCAAACGUAUGGCCGAACGAGCUAGAACUCCUGAACCGUUAAGCAAUCAACUCGACGAUACCAAGAAUACGGUGGCCUCAGUGCUCGCAGACGCAGCUGAUAAAUCAUCCGCGCCAUCUGAUGUUGGGAAUGUUCUCCAGUGUUAUCACACAGCAGCAGCAGCAAGCUCGCCACUGUUGGAAGACGAGGUCCGCCAGGUGAUGGAUUUACACGUACUGCUAAAGGGAAUUAUACUUUACACGUGGCAGGUUGAUCUCGUGGAUAUUAUCAAAUAUGCACAGAGUAACAAAAAUUUUCACCAUCUUCUAACGGUAGUUAAUAUUUUCUCCAAGUAUGCAUGGGCCAGUCCGAUUAAAUCAAAAAGUGCCAAUGACGCGAAUGCCAUGAAUCUCAUCUUGCAAGAGGGGCGUAUUCCAAAAAAACUCCAUGUUGAUCAAGGCAAAGAGUUUCACAAUAAAAAUUAUCAAGCUCUCAUGGGGGAGUAUAAGAUGCACAUAUACUCAACCUUCAGCAGCCUUAAGGCAUCGAUAUGCGAACGCUUCAAUAGAACAUUGAAAAAUAAAAUGUGGAAACAAUUCUCAAUUCGUGUAACGUACAAAUGGAUUGAUACUAUUGGUGAUUUCGUUGCGGACUAUAAUAACACGAAACAUCGUACAAUAAAAAUGAAACCUAAAGAUGUUACAUCCAAGAAUGAAAAAUCGUUGCUGAAAUCAAUAUAUAAGAAUGGGAAAUUUAAAUUCAAAGCGGGUGAUAAAGUGCGAGUCAGCAAGUAUAAAACUAUUUUCGAAAAAGGCUAUCCCCCCAACUGGACAACUGAAAUAUUUACCAUUAAAAAAGUGCAAAAUUCCAAUCCCGUAACAUAUAAGCUGGUUGAUGGGAAAGAUGAUGCAAUUGAAGGUGGCUUCUACCAAGAGGAGUUGAGUCACGUCAUGUAUCCAGAUGUGUUUCUCGUUGAGAAGGUGCUGACGAGGAGGGAGAAGAAGGAAUAUGUCAAGUGGCUGGGAUUUCAUGAUAGUUGGAUAGACUCUAAUCAAAUGUAA